AUGCAUCGUACGCCAACCGUCACCGCAAUGGUUCAAUCAUCGUGUGGUGUGAUCACGCUUGUGAGCGUCGUGCUCGUGAUAGUGCUUCCGGUGGUACAAACUUCAGUCUACGCGUUAGAACAGCCAGCAACCGUCGAACUGCUACCAAACGAUCUGUUCAGUGAGGAUCGGGAGCAGGAAGCGACGGAUAAAGCCAUCGCCACACCGAAACAAGUGAUAGAGCAUCAGGUGUCGAAAGCAUGGCGUACAAUCAUACGGCAGAUGCUGGACGAAACACGCACCAGCAUCAAGCAUAAGCGGACCUUACCCAAUCCAACUCCAAACAUUGUAACAUUGGUUGCAUUGUUCAUGCUUUGUUUAAAUGCAGGACUGUUUCCACAACUCAGCAAUCCGCUGGCCGGGUUAGGUGGUCAUGUUCCAGAUACCUCGUUAGUUCAUUCUGCUCCGGAUACUUUAACCGGAGGAGGACUGAUAUCGGGGUAUGCCGGAGGUAGCGUCGUAUCAGGGAUGGUGCCAGAUAUGCCAGUUGACGCGGGACACGCUACGGGGAUUGUAGGUGCGCCAGCUGAUGUUGUUCCUUCACACGCUGUUCCUGACCUAACUCCACCUAACCUGGGAGGUGGCAUUGCGCCGCCAAUGGGCAGUUACGGUUUGUAA